ACGACAUCAGCCGCUGGGCUCGGCGGCACCCGGGGGGCAGCCGCCUCAUCGGCCACCACGGCGCGGAGGACGCCACGGAUGCCUUCCAUGCCUUCCACCAGGACCUCGAUUUCGUGCGCAAGUUCCUACGGCCCCUGCUGAUUGGAGAGCUGGCCCCGGAGGAGCCCAGCCAGGACGGGCCCCAGAACGCCCAGCUGGUGGAGGACUUCCGAGCCCUGCGCCAAGCAGCCGAGGACAUGAAGCUGUUUGAUGCCAACCCUGCCUUCUUUGCUUUCCUGCUGGGCCAUAUCCUGGCCAUGGAGGUGCUGGCCUGGCUCCUCAUCUGCCUCCUGGGCCCGGGCUGGGUGCCCAGCGCCUUGGCCGCCCUCAUUUUGGCCGUCUCCCAGGCCCAGUCCUGGUGUCUGCAGCACGACCUGGGCCACGCCUCCAUCUUCCGGAAGCCUCGGUGGAACCACAUGGCUCAGCAGUUUGUGAUGGGGCAGCUGAAGGGCUUCUCCGCCCACUGGUGGAAUUUCCGCCACUUCCAGCACCACGCCAAGCCCAACGUCUUCCACAAAGACCCAGACGUGACAGUAGCACCCGUCUUCCUGCUGGGGGAGUCGUCCGUCGAGUACGGCAAGAGGAAACGCAGAUACCUGCCCUACAACCACCAGCACCUGUACUUCUUCCUGAUCGGCCCGCCGCUGCUCACCCUGGUGAACUUCGAGGUGGAAAAUCUGGCGUAUAUGCUGGUGUGCCUGCAGUGGGCGGACUUGCUCUGGGCCGCCAGCUUCUAUGCCCGCUUCUUCUUGUCUUACGUCCCCUUCUACGGUGUCCCUGGGGCGCUGCUUCUCUUUGUUGCUGUCAGGGUCCUGGAGAGCCACUGGUUUGUGUGGAUCACACAGAUGAACCACAUUCCCAAGGAGAUUGGCCAUGAGAAGCACCGAGACUGGGUGGCAGCCACCUGCAAUGUGGAACCCUCGCUCUUCAAUGACUGGUUCAGCGGUCACCUCAACUUCCAGAUCGAGCAUCACCUCUUCCCCACGAUGCCAAGGCACAACUACCGCAGGGUGGCCCCGCUGGUCAAGUCUCUGUGUGCCAAGCACGGCCUCAACUACGAGGUGAAGCCCUUCCUCACGGCCUUAGUGGACAUCGUCAGGUCCCUGAAGAAGUCUGGUGACAUCUGGCUGGAUGCCUACCUCCACCAGUGAAGACAGCACCUGGUCCAACAGAGAAGGGCUCAGGGCGCCAGCAACCGCAAAUCCUGGCCCAGGCAGGAUCAGCGCCCCCCCCCCCCCCCCACCCCGGGUGCCCCUGCCUGCCCGCCGGGCCUGCCACCUUCCCCGUGACCCCUACCUGUCUGUUCGGCCUCCCUAUGGCCUUGGUUCUGGGCCCUGCGGGACUGGGGGUGAAGGGAAGGUGAGCAUGGCAUGUUUUCCUAGAGCGACAAUGAGGGGAAACUGUUAUUUUUAUAUAAAAACACACCAGAUAUAUUGUAA